UAGGGGGUAAGAACUUGUUGGCCAAAUACAUCUUCUGACCCCAAAGAAAAAUUAUGUUCGAUAUGACUUGUAUAUAAAGGCAACGAACAUGUGGAAAAAGCUCAAAAAAACAAGGGUUUACUUUACUAUUCUGAGUCAUCUACUUCUAGUUUAGAAUCAUUAAAUUCUUGGACUCACUUUCGCUUCGUCCAUCACUCGUGAGUUCUCAGAAACUUCACAACCGUCCUCUGCUCUACACCAACCGUUGUAUGCCUGGUUUUACUUGGACUAGGAGGAUGAGCAUGUCCGGAGAAGAAGAGGGCGACCUGCGGAGAGGGCCGUGGACUCACGAAGAAGACAAUUUGCUCAUUCACUCGAUCACGUGCCACGGCGAGGGGCGCUGGAAUAUGUUGGCAAAAAGCGCAGGAUUGAAGAGAACUGGCAAAAGUUGCAGAUUGAGGUGGCUGAAUUACCUGAGACCCGACAUCAAGCGUGGGAAUCUCACCCCGCAGGAACAGCUUCGGAUCCUUGAACUUCACCACAAAUGGGGCAACAGGUGGUCGAAAAUCGCGCAGUAUUUACCAGGAAGGACUGACAACGAGAUCAAGAACUACUGGAGGACCCGAGUGCAGAAGCAAGCGCGCCAGCUCAACAUCGAAUCCGACAGCGAGAGGUUCCUCGACGCAGUCCGCCGUUUCUGGAUGCCCCAGCUGCUCCAGAAAAUGGAGCAAGCUUCAUCCUCUGAUCAAACAACAAGGACUUCUGAUAUGAGCAUGAACUGUUCUGUUUCUGCGUCUCCAUUAAAUUAUCCCCCCUCCACAUCCCCACCCAGCAAAUUGACCCAGAACUCGAAUUCUUCGAUCGAAGUCUCGAGUUAUCCGAUGACCGAUGCAGAUAUUUCUCCGAAUUUCCCAAAAACGGGACAGACACCCAAAAUUUCUGAAGAAUUCUCAAAGGCAGAUGUAGUUGGCAUUGGUAACAGUACUGUGUACAACCCAAUACUUGCGGAUGACAGUUACUUCGGGGAUGGCACAUGCUAUGACGUGAUCAACUAUGCCGCCAUGUCAGCACUGGGCGCUUGCAACGCGGUGCCGUCACAGGGCCACACGGAAGGAAGCAACUGGUCGGUUGAUGACGUGGCGGAUGCAUAUUGGACGGUUGAUGACAUAUGGAAGUUUAGAGACUAAUGCAGAGCUGGAGGAUAGUCUAGUUGUUUAUGCAUAGACCCACCACAAGGAUCUUUUCAAUUGGGUUACAAUUUCUACUUAGGAAUUCAUCAUAAGCUUCUUCUAUGACACACUAGAAGUGGGUUCGAUUUUAUAUGCGGGUGAUGUUUAUAGUUCCUAUCUUGGGAAAAUUUAUGGCACGACCUUAACACUUAUCCAAGCAGUGCCCUAACGUAGGGGUCUAGUGUAAUACACUUACUUUAAAUCAAAGCAUCGUAUGAAAAUGGUAGAUAACUUCUUCAUUGAUCAGCCAAAAGAUGGUAGAUGAUUAUUCUUAUGGUAUAUCACACUGUGUCAUGUCUUACCAUCUUUUAUGCAAAUAAAUUAUUCCCUUAUUCUGAACA